AUGCCUGUCCUUUAUAACUCAGACUCAGCCCUCACGACCGGGCUGCUACCCAUAUAUGUAGUUCUGGGAUCCGUUAUCUUUUUGUCCAUCCUCCUCAUCCUCCGACGGCCAAAGCCUGCGUUAUCUGCCUAUUACUCUCCAGGGAUAAUGUCCACAUCCGAUCCUACCAAAACAUUGCGGUCAGAAGUUGAAAAGCGGCAAAUACCCGUGCCCUCAGCUCAGCACCUUGGCAAACAUCAUUCUCAAGGUCAGAACCUACCAUUACCAACUCUUCAACCCUUCACGCCACGCGUACACUCGCCUCCCUCGGCAUCUACCCAAUUCUUCGUCGCAUCGCCCACAGAGACGGCCGCCUCAUCAGUAUCUUCGGAGACUACAGAAUCAAAAGACUUUGCUCGCCGGCGCUCAUAUAGCAAGGCCCUCACUAUCCCAUCACCCAGCAACUCACACGCUGCGGAAACCACUGAAGUCCAAGUGUCCGGGGAGAUAGUCCUUGCGGAAGGCUGGCGGAGGCACACUCGUGUCUUUGGUGGCGGUGUUUGCAUGGCGUGUGAAGAAAACCAACGCAGGAUGACUGCCUGA